CGAGGCCUCUCACUCGCACCUCAUCACUUCGCCACCACCACAAACCCUAUCCCCAUUAACCCGCGCCCAAAACCCUGAGCUGCGCACCCACCGGCGAUGUCGGCGACGGCCAUCCGCUCCGGCGAGCUCCUCGCGUUUCCCGCGGCGCUGAGGCGUGGCCCGCCCGUGGCUUCUGCCUCGGUGGUCGCGUUCCGGUUGAGGGCGCCAGUGGCCGGGCGCGUGGCGGUCAGGGUUGUCGCGGCAGCGGCAGAGGGGGCUGGGGUGGAGGCGGAGGCGGAGGCGGAAGGGAAGCCGAAGCCGAAGAAGAAGAGGGCAGCGAGCGGGAUCAUGAAGCCUAAGCCGAUUUCUCCGGAGCUAAGGGAGUUUGUCGGAGGCGCGGCGGAGCUGCCCCGGACAGAGGCGCUCAAGAUCAUCUGGGCGCACAUCAAGGGAAACAACCUCCAGGAUCCCGAGAACAAGAAGAUAAUAGUCUGCGACGAGAAACUGAAGAAGAUAUUUGGUGGGCGUGAGCGUGUUGGAUUUCUUGAGAUCUCUGGGCUCCUCAAUCCUCAUUUCCAGAAAUAAUAGGAUUUAUGUAGAUGUUGCACUUUUUUGUAUUAGCGAAGACAGUUGUAUCAGCAUAUUUAGCUGAACCUGGUAUGGAGGGUCCGUAAUUCUGGUUUGAGAAUGGUACGCGUGUUCCCUGAACACAUCUUCAUCUAGUAUUUGCAGUAAAUGGUCUGCUGGUUUUUGGGUUGUGAUUAGUUA